AUGGACGACACAAAUGACGAUGCAAAUGAUCUAUUUGACUACGGGUUUGAAAUAGAUGAUUUCCCUAAAGAAUCCGACGUUCCGAAGGCUGCACCCCCGAAACCAACAGACGAUGACCCUUUCUCCAUUCUUGGUAAUCUCGAUGAGGAGGUUGAAGUUGAAAAGAAGCGACAACCGAUUGCGAAACUAGAUGAUGCACGUCUGCUCUCACAGAAAGGGAUUCCCAAAUUGCGAAAGACGGCAAAGCAGAAGCUCCGAUUUAAAGGCAAAGGACAUGAGUUCUCGGAUGCUGCACGCCUCUUGAACUUCUACCAGCUGUGGCUUGAUGAUCUAUACCCACGCGCGAAAUUCGCAGAUGGGUUGACGAUGAUUGAAAAGCUAGGCCACACCAAAAGAAUACAGACUAUGAGAAAGGAGUGGAUCAAUGAAGAAAAAAUGGAGACAUUUAAUGGAUCUGGAUCACACAGUCUCCCUACUAGAGUCUCCUCCGAUCGAAAUGGUGCCUCCACUGAAAGCCCCACAGCUACAUCUUCAACACAACGGCCACAGGAGAUAUCGAUAUCAGCUGGCCAAGAUCUAUUCAUGCCAGAUCUUGGAACAGGGGCCAUGCAGCCACAAGCAAGCUACCCCGAACCAGAUGACGAUGAUCUGGAGGAGCUUUUAAAAGAGCAGGACGAAUCUACGUCAGCAGCACCUAUACCAGAAUCGCGGCCAUUGAACCAUAAUAAUGAUUUUGACGCCGAUUAUGAAGCUAUGAUGGAAAUGGGUGUCUAG